AUGGGACGAAGCAAAGCUGCACGGCCUUCCGGAAGCCAAGGAUGGAACGACAACAAAUGGCAAGGACAAGGCGGAUGGCGACAGCAGCCCUCCUCAUCGCAGCAGCGAUGGGACUGGGGCCGGUCCAAGUGGGACAAGGACGAGGAGCCCGAGUUCCCGACGUACACCAUGAUGGCCGAGGACAAGCACCAAAAGGAAGCGGCGACUGGCAGCGAGGGAUCGGACGGCAAGAAGACAGGGCUUGCCGGUGGAUUUCAGAAGCUCCUCACCACGGCGAGGAAGACGGAGGUCCGCAUGAGAAAAGCGGAGGAGGAACGUGCCAGUGCCCAGGCCAGAUGGCAAAAGUUCCAAGAGAAGCUGCAGCGGACUUUUGUCAAAGAGCGGCUGCAGUUCCACAAGGACAUGACAAGGCUGGACACGGAGCUCCAGGAGUUGCAGGAAUCGCAACGAACUGCCUACCAGGACCUCCAGACGGCGAUCGCGCACCCGGAGACCCUCAUGGUGGCCAAGCCCGAGACCGAGCCCAUUCCGUCGGACAUCGCCAACGAAUGGGAUCAGCUCUUGGCAGCCUGCGACGAGCCAAAGGACGAGUCCAUGGUAGAAGCUCUGGCGGCACAGCUUGGGCGCAAGCUCCAAGGCAUUCUGGCGCCGCGUACCCCCGCCAGAACGACGGUUGCCAGAGGCUCGCCGAUGACUCCCCCGUGCACUACCAGAGUUGGGCCGAGACUUGCGGUGGACCAGAUGAUGGAGAAGGCGAUCGCUGCGGCGCGAGGGGCAACUGGACACGAGGGAGAGCUCAUCGCCGACCCCUACCUGACGUCGCCGAGUACGAAUACAGGCCGGCCAUCUCCCGUCUUGGAGACCCGCAAGAUAAAGGGAAGCACGCCGCGACAAGGAAUCAAGCUCAAAGGCCGCCGUCCGAUUCCAACGCCGAAGAGGGGGACCACCUUGGCGGCAAAACUGGAAGCGGCGAGAUCCAGGGCGGCGACUCUCGAGGAAGAGGAUGCGGAGAUCCUGUCCGACGAGGAGGACGAGGAGGUUGCUCUUGCCGCGCUGUCGACAAAAGCUGCGGAGCGUGCGGGCAAGGGCUCCGGUGCCUACGGGAUCCACACAGCCGAGCUCAUGCUCCCUGCCUACCUCGGGGGUGUGUCACGACGACUUUGUCAACGGCAAGGUCACGGGACCCCCACGAAUGAUGCGGUGGAGUGGGUGAAACCGGGGCUGCGGAUUGCCCCAUAUCAGCCGGGCGACUCAGCAUGGAACAGAAGGGACUACUGCGAGAUGGACAAGUUGGACGUGACGGGCACGCCACGGCAUUUUCUUCCGCAGCAAUAUCGUGGGCCUCAACUGGUGGACGCAGCAGAGCUACUUGCAGUGGGGCCUCCUCAGCACGACCCCUGCAUGCUAGGGGAAGACAUUACUUCUCGGCGGCUACAUCAGCGGCUAUGUCACGGGCCUCUCAUGGAGAAGGCGACGGAGCCACGUUCACCUGGGCUUUCUCGGUAUGUCCCAGAAAAUUUCGGUCAGGACUCAGCAUUGAACAGAAGGGUCUAUGACGUCUUGGAUCUGCUGGAACAGUGGGGGUCUGGUCUUGGAUAUAGAUUCAGCCAGAUAGCCGACAUAUUGCAGCAGUGGUCUGCCGGCUGUCUUCUUACUCAUUUGGCGAUUUGCCUCACUUCCACCUUCUUCUUCGGCUUCUCUGGACUGGGAGGCAAGGCGGCCAGGAAAUGGAGUUUUGGAGGUACACCAGGCAGGCUCUGCUACACCCUCGGCAUCAUUGCUAUGGUCGGAGACUCCCUGGUUCCGACUCAGGCGGUCCGGCGCCGCGCUACAGCGCGCCUGCCGCACUCGACUGAUCUGGAGAUGUGGCUCUCGGGUCAAGACACAAUCCGGGAGCAGCUUGCCGCAGCGGAGCAACGCUGGGCACUGACACGCCCCCUUCAACACUCAGGGGGGGAGGCUCCUCCGCGGGUGUAUACUACAUCGCCCCCAGGAGAAUUUCUUGAGCCGGAACUUCCCACUAUGGCCGAAGUAACCUUGCAUGUUACUCUUUGGCUGGCGGCGGUGUACUAUCAAUCCGAGAUUGUUGACCUGGAGAUCCCUAGGCCCUUCACGGUCCCAAUGCUCACGGAUGCUCUGCGCCAGGCCUGCUCGGUCACUCCUGAUGAAUUUGACGAGCUCCUCCCGACUGUCCCACAACUGGGAGAUUUCCACGGGAGCUUCAUAGCGCAGCCGGCGUGGAUGCGAGGCUCGGACAAAACCACAAUGGUGAUGGAUGCGCGGGAGUUAGGUGGCACGGUGUAUGCCUUCUACCUAUCGGGUCGGCUCAAUCACGCUGGCCUCCUCCACAGCCUUCCGGAGUUCCAAGACGUCGAGCUGGACUUCUAUCUGUACGGCAGGACCACCCCACUAGAAUUGGGGCACACCGCGGAGGCCCGCCCAGGAGGAGUAGUCAAAGCGGUGCUGAGUGGAAGGUACUGCCGGUGGUCAGAUAUGUUGGAGGCACGACUGGAUCGCCCCACGCGAUGGAACCCGAACUUCGACCCCCCGACCCAGCUGGAGGGCCUCUAUUCCGUCUACCAGACCACCGACGAUCAAGUCAUCGAGGAGAUCGACGACCUGGAGUACCGAGACCAAAGUGAAAUUGCCCAAGAAGCUCUUGGGCUUGAAGAUGAACAUGUGACGAUCUUCCAGCCGACCGGCCGCAUCCCUCGCCUGGCACACGGUGGCCGCACAAUCUACGACCAGAUUGCUGUGAUCGAAACCCGUACGAUGCCGGAGCAGGAGUACCUGAUCAUCUUUGCGGACCUGCGGCCCCUUGGAUGCUUCCCUCAGUGGAUACAGCUGGAGACUAAUAUUUUUGCUCCAUCCUCCUAUGUCAGUGACCUCCAGCUUGCUGGCACGGACGGCUGGACUGUUGUAGUGGUUGGAGGAGAACGGCUGGGCCAAGACAGGCUCAAGGUCCAGCACCUGGAGACACUGGUGUUCAGUCUACAACCGCCCGGCUCCACUACCAGUGAGGAAGAGACUGCAAGCAGCGAGGCCAGCUCCUCCACCUACGACGCCAUCCCGCACUCCAGCGACUUCAGCAGCACCACGCCCCCGGGCCCAAAUGACCCGCGACGUGGGCCGCCGCCUCCUAGACCGGUCAAUAGGAGCCGCUCGCCACGUCGAGGAGGCGAGCGGAACGAGCAGUUAACUGAUGGCACCCCCUCUGCCCCAGACGAAGGUGAAGCACGUACCAUACAACUCCACGCAAUGGUGGGGCCGCCGUGCUAUGACAUGACACAAAACUGUGUCAGCUUCCCCCACAAAGCCUGUGACGUCCGCCGACUACUGGAGAGAUGGCCGACGACCUAUGGGCGCACUGACUUUGAGGGAGUCGAGUUUAAGGAGCCGACGAACGCGGCCCUAUCGGACCUCCGCCCUCGAAAUGAAGUUUGGCGAGGCCUACGCGACGGGGAGCUCCCAGAGUUGCACAUCUAUACAGAUGGCUCCUGGGCCGAGACGCAGGGCCUGGGGGGCUUUGCGAUGAUAGCUCUCCUCGUGACAGCAAGCGCCACAGCAUUAUAUUCGACGCUGGGGGCCCAAACACAUGGAAAUCUGGACUGCCCGUGGGCAUUCGAAGCAGCGCCAGCACUCAAGAACGAGCAGAUAGCUAUUGCUACCUCGCUGCUCUGGCUUCUCCAGGGAUGCAACUACAUGCACUUCGGCCAGAUCCUCAUUUUCUUCGACUGCUAUGCGGCUGGAUGGCCGGCGGAUGGCACAUGGAGCCCCAUAAACCGGUUCUCGGAACAGACAAGAGCCAUCGAGCAGUUCCUGCGCCGACUGCUCAAGGCCCCGAUUAAGUUUGUCCACGCCAAGGCCCAUGCUGGAAACCCGUUCAAUGAAAUGGCGGAUGUCCUGGCGGGGCUGGUGGCCAAGAACACACUGGAACUGGUGGCACCGCCUGCUGAAGUCUGUACUCUCAUGCAACAGGGAGACUUUCAAUGGCUACCCCACCUAUUCGAUGAUGCUGUACUACCUGUUCGUGGUGGCCAGGGCUUUGUUUGGGAGGAUGGCAAAACAUGGGCGAGACCCGCCCUACGGCCGGACCAGCUCAUCCCCACGAAGACCUCUGGAACCUCCAAGGACGGCGGCACCAUUGAGACAAAACUACUGUGCCUCAAUGCACAAACCCUCAGCGGGAAAUGUCGGUACUACGAAGACCAGCUCGACAGCCUCGGCUACAACAUAGCCUGUUUUCAGGAAACCAAGAGCGCAGCCGGACUCUGCGCAAGCAAACGUUUCCUGCGUCUGGCAGCGAGCUCGGACAAGUACUGGGGUACGGCAGUAUGGAUCAGCAAAACCAGGGGCCUCUACAGUUGUGGGGGCAAGCCGGUCCGGGUCCAAGCUGAGGAUAUCCAUGUUGUCCAUGAAUCCCCCAGACUGCUUGUCCUGGCGAUUCGAACCACCGAAGGGCAGGUGGUAGUUGCCUCGGGCCACUGCCCGCAUGCAGCCCAGCCCCAGGAAGCAGUAAACUUCCUCUCUCGACUACAAGAACUUCUAUGGCCGUACCGUGGAGCUAUGGCCAUCUUCCUCGGCAUUGACCUGAAUGGCCGAGUACCCUUGGGCCAUGCAGGUGUGACAGGCGACCUUAGCCAUGGCGAGGCCGAUGACAAUGGCAGAGGCAUGCUCGUGGCUGCCAGAGCUGUCAACCUCUGGCUGCCCUCCACCUACAGCGACUUCCACGUUGGCCCGACCACCACCUACAGGCAGGCCAAUGGAGCCGAGCAUCGUAUUGACUACAUCGGCGUCGGCGGGACCAUGGAGAUCAAUGAGGUAUGCAGCUGGGUAGAGGAGGAGUUUGACACGGCCAACCCCAACGAGGACCACUCCGCUAUUGCAUUGGAUGUCACUGCGGCAACGACAGCCACCAGUGGAAGGAAGCGCUUGCACAGAGUGCGGUAUGAUGCUGACAAAAUGCUGACAAAACAGGGGCGGGCUAUCAUUGCCGAGGGCCUGCGGGCAUACUCCCCACCAAGCUGGGAGGUCCACCCCGAUGACCACUGCCAGCACCUCCAGGACUAUCUUCACGCACUCAUGCAAGAGCACUUUGCUCGGGCGGAGGACGGCCCGGGAGCCACCUACAUCACCCAAGAGACUUGGGAGCUACGGCGCAGGAAGCUUGGGCUUAAACACAGAGCCCGCCACCGACGCGACCUCUGGUCCACGCUGCUCCUUCGGGCCUUCCUACAAUGGCGAAACCGCGAUGACUACGACGUGGUUGCUUUACUUUCCAAGCAGGCGAUCCUCUAUGAUGUUGUGGCGGGUGCCGUGAAAUGGGCCACUGCCCGGAUCAAGAAAGGCAUCUACUCAGCGAAGGCAAACUACCUACAGGGCAUUGUGCAUCGAGAAGGAGACAAGGCCUGCGAUGUCCUACACAAAGCCAAGCUGGCUGGUGUUGGUGGGAGACAGGCGAGGCCCGUCUCCAGGCCACUGCCAGCCCUCAAGGACUCAACAGGAAGGAUUGCCACAUCCUGGGAAGAUAGGGACAAAAUUUGGCUCGACCACUUCGGGAAACAGGAAAUGGGCCACCUUGUCACGACGGAGACCUACCUUGGGGAGGAGAACGUGGCCAUUUGCCGUGACGAGGAGAUACCGUGGGCCCAUGAUGACCUCCCCACCCUCCUCGAAGUCGAAGAAGCCAUGCGACGGGCGUCCCGCCGCAAAGCUGUCGGACUAGACGGGCUGCCGGGCGAAGUACUAGCCGCUGCACCGGCCGAAAUGGCCCUUGCAGCCUUCCCACUCUUCUUCAAAAGCAUGGCAGCUCUCCACCAGCCUGUACAGUGGAGAGGAGGGAUUCUACAAGAAUCAUGGAAACGAGCAGGGCCCAUUGAUUGCCCACAGAACUACCGCUCGCUUUUCAUCUCCUCGCAGCUCGGAAAAUGCUACCACCGGCUCUUACGACGACGGGUGGCACCUUACGUCAGCCGGGGACUGCACGAGUUCCACCUUGGGGCCAAACAGCAAUCGCCGGUGCUCUACCCAGCAUUGUACAUUCAGGCCUUCCUACGGAGAGCCCAGCAGCUCCAUCACUCGGCGGCGGUGCUGUUCAUCGACACUACGGCCGCAUAUUAUCGGGUCAUUCGAGAGCUAUCUGUUGGACAAGUCGCAACGGACGAGGCGGUUGCAAAGGUUUUCAAGUUCUUUGACUUGUCGCCCGAGGACACCUAUGAGUUUGCAACCCUGAUCCGGGAGGGUGGCAUGAUGGGCGAUGCGGGCAUUCCGGUGGCAUUGAGGCACAUGGCCAAGGACCUCCUGCACCGAUCGUGGUUCAUCACGCGCCACGGCUCAGACACGCAGCUUUGCUGCACCCAAGCGGGCUCUCGCCCGGGGGAGACAUGGGCGGACAUUGUUUUCUCCUUUGUGCUGGGCAAGAUACUCAUGCAGAUCGUUGAGAUCGCCACGGCGGAGGAGCUGCUCACCAGCCUGGAGUACAGCCCAGACCGAGGCCCCUUUAUGGCGCAGACCCCGCCCCUGACAGGGCAGGAGCACUUGUUAGCCCAGGACUGUACCUGGGCCGACGACACGGCCAUCCCACUCUCUGAUGCUGACCCCUUGAUCCUGGUCAACAAAUCGCGCCGCCUCGCAUCCAUUGUCCUGGACUAUUUCCUACGGCACGGCAUGCAGCCAAACUUGAAGCCGAAGAAAACGGCUUUCAUCAUGGCCAUCCGUGGAAAGGGGGCACAGAAAGUGCGGCGGCAAUGCUUCGCGGAAGGAACCAACACGCUUCAUCUGCGGGACCUUGACCUCAAGGUCACCAUCGCCAGUCAGUACGUUCAUCUGGGUGGCAUUGUGAACACCGAGAUGAAGCUCCAACAAGAGGCGAGGCGACGCUUGAGCAUGGCCAAGGCUGCCUUUGACUCCGGGCGGGCCCUCCUCUACACCAAUGAGACGAUCCCCCUCAAGACCCGGGCAUCCCUCUUCAAUACCUCCAUCACUGCGACGUUCUUCAACCUUGCGCUGUGGACCACAGGAUGCUCCGCGUGGCAGAUCUUGGACGCUGGCUUCUCCCGACUUCUGCGAGGCCUGAUGGCCAAGACCUACAAAGGGGAGCUGCUAUACAAAGUUGCCACCCCAGCGGUCCACAUCAUGACUGGAGUCCCGCCGCUUGAAGCCUUGGCCAGAAAGGCGCGCAUCAGCCUCCUCUGUAGCAUGGCCAGAACCGGCCCUAGAGCCCUCUGGGCUGUGCUUCAGGCCGAAGGCGAAUGGCUUCGCGAAGUGGUUGACGACCUGCGGUGGCUGUCAAGCCAAGGGGACAACUGGCCGGCAUUGGACGCAGACAGCUGGGACAGAUGGGUCCAGCUCCUCACGGCGUCCAACGGGUGGAUCAAGCGGCAGGUGGCGCGGCGAAUCGGACGCGAAGAAGCCGCGCGACAUUUGGCCUUCCGCACCGCUAUCUGCCAUUGGGCGCUACUACGUCGCGCAAAAGCGCGCAGACACAAGGACGAGGAGAUUGGCUCGGACUGGACCUGCCGGCCCUGCGGCAGACGGCUGCGUACCAAAGCGGCACUCGGCGCCCACUUCUUCAAGGUACACCACCGAAGAGCCAAAUAUAGGGCUGUCGUCGAGGGUACUAGAUGCGAUGCCUGUGGCAAGGAAUUCUGGGCGCGGAACAAGCUCGCUGUUCACCUACGUGACAGUGCUUGGUGUGCCAAGCAGCUACACCACGCUGGCGCAAGGGCCCAGAGCAUAGCCCCGGGCAUUGGCAGUCGUGCAUGGCGUCGACAGGAGGAGGAGGACUUCACGCUCUCCGCGUCUACACAGGUGCAGGACCCGACCUACACGGAGGGAGUCAACAUCUGGGAUGCCACAAUGCAGCGGGCUUAUGCCGAACUCUGCGACAACCUGCUGACGGACGGACUACCGGCGGGCGUGGAAUACAUUGUGGCGGUGAUCCAGGCGGUCUUCAUGCGCUUUCCCCUCUACACGUACGAGAUGGCCGAGAUUGCCACACAGGUCGCCAUGGAGGCCAACGAGCUCAGGGAGGCCGAGGUCGCGGACUACUGGGACGACGAGGUCUUCAAAGGGUUGUGUGAAGCUCUCAACAACUUCGCCGCCUACCCGUGGACAAGGGAGCCUACGCCAAGUGGUGAACUGGAGACUGUCACCCUGCGUGCCUUUCUACGCGAGGUGGAAGAUGUGAAUUGGAGUUCACUACUUCCUGCGGCCCGCGACGUGACCCCCGAUGUUAGCCUGACACUGACUGAGGAUUGGGAAGUUGCUUUGUCUUCAGACAGUAGGCUAAUGGAGGUAGCAACCGUCGCCUCAUCGUACUGGGGCAUGCUGCCCGAUCAGCUGAGGGACGCCUGGGACCAUGCCCUUGACGGGCAUAAAGUACAGCUCAGA